AUUGAUUUGACCCUAUCUAUUUACUCAUCACCGACAAUAUUUACCCCCUUCUCUCAACCAAACCAAACCAAAGUUCACACACAGAUAUAAACAAAAUGCCCCGCCCCACCACCAGAAAAGAAGUCCUCGCGCGUCUCCGCAAAACCAUCGCCGAUGGUUCCAUCAUCGUUGGCGCAGGUGCCGGAAUCGGACUAUCAGCCAAAUUCAUCGAAAAAGGCGGUGCCGAUCUAAUCCUCGUCUACAACUCGGGCCGAUUCCGAAUGGCCGGUCGGGGAUCUCUCGCCGGCAUGAUGCCCUACUCGGAUGCCAAUGCCGUAGUAUUGGAAAUGGCCAACGAAGUCCUCCCUAUCAUCCAAGAAACCCCUGUCCUAGCUGGAGUGUGCGGCACCGACCCCUUCCGAGACAUGCGGGCAUUUCUGCAACAGCUCCGCAACACGGGGUUCGUGGGCGUGCAAAACUUCCCCACGGUCGGACUCAUUGAUGGGAAUUUCCGGGCGAAUCUAGAGGAGACUGGGAUGGGAUAUGACAAGGAAGUAGAGAUGAUUCGGAUCGCGCGGGAGAUGGAUCUAGUGACGACGCCGUAUGUGUUUACGGUGGAGGAAGGGGAGAAGAUGGCGCGGGCGGGCGCGGACGUGAUUGUCGUGCAUUUGGGAUUGACGACGUCGGGGACGAUUGGGGCGCAGACGGCGUUGGGGUUGGAGGAGAGUGUGGAUGUGGUUCAGAAGGUUCGGGAUGCGGUGGUGAAGAUUAAUCCCGAGGUGAUUGUGUUGUGUCAUGGGGGACCGGUGGCGGGGCCCGAGGAUGCGGCGUUUGUGUUGAAGAGGACUAAGGGGGUGCAUGGGUUCUUUGGGGCGAGUAGUAUGGAGAGGUUGCCGGUGGAGAAGGCGAUUGAGGAGAAUGCGAGGUUGUUUAAGGGGAUUAAGGUGGGUGAGAAUUGAUCAUAUCCAUGAUGGUAUACUGUAUAGGGUUGGGUGGGUGCCGCCGGAACCCAAUCGGGUAAUUUCCCGGGGUGCAAUCAUGAAUGUAAUUAACCGAGUGUGUUUUCCCGAGCAUGUCGUUGAGUAUUUAUAUAAUGUGUCUUCC